GGUUAGUUACAGAAUGUGUAUGUAUUAUAACAAUCUAAGGAAACUUGUAGCAAGCGACAAUUCUGCUCACCUACCUGUUUCUUCGCGAAUUGUUUUUGUUUCUCUCACAUUUGAAUCCCCAAACCAAACAGAACCAAAUUUCUUCUAGUGGUGGAGGCACAGUUCGUAUACGUAUACCAUCUGUUCCAUUUAUUUGUGGGGUCACCAAAAAUUCUAAGCGCCAACCGUAAUUCAUUCACACUAAACAAUUACUUAAACAAUGUCAUGCUGUGAAUGAAUAAACCAAACUCACCAACCACGACCACUCUCAUGAACUCUGAACUUGUCUUUCUCUCUCUCUGACAUUGUAGAUUGGAUUGCUUCAUUUUGAUGGCUCUUAAGGCUGUAUCCAUCUGGGGUUGUUACAAACCUCCUCCUCAAUUGGGUGUUGGUGUUUCCAAUUCUCAUUCUACUCUGAUUGGAAAUCUAAGAUAUGAUUAUGACAAAUGCCGCAAAUGGGAGUGCUGUUGUUUGGGUGUUUUGGCUCAGAGAGCUACCACUGCUGUGGAAGAUGAGGGCCCCAGUGUCCCACCUUUGGUUGACUCUUCAGGGGCUGCUGAUGGUGUUCACCAAAAUGAGUCAAAGGGCUUUCACAAGGACUUAAACUUACUUCCUAAGCCAUUAACAGCAAUUGACAUUUCUUCUUAUCCAAGAGAUGGAUCAAAGGUGCGCGUGGCUUAUCAGGGACUUCCGGGGGCAUAUAGUGAGGAUGCAGCUUUGAAAGCAUAUCCAAAAUGUGAGACUGUGCCAUGUGACAAUUUUGAAGCUGCAUUUAAGGCAGUUGAAUUAUGGUUGGUGAAUAAAACUGUUCUACCCAUUGAAAAUUCUGUUGGUGGAAGCGUCCACCGUAAUUAUGACUUACUUCUUCGCCAUAGGCUGCACAUUGUUGGGGAGGUGCAGUUGCGAGUUAACCACUGCCUUUUAGGAUUGCCUGGUGUGAGAAAGGAGGAGCUCAGAGCUGUUGUGAGUCAUCCCCAGGCUUUUGCUCAAUGUGAGACAACGCUUAGUGAUUUAGGUGCUGUCAAGAUUGCUGCACGUGAUACUGCUGCUGCUGCUCAGACAGUGGCCUCAAAUUGUGCAAGAGACACUGGAGCUAUUGCAAGUUCCCGAGCUGCAGAAGUGUACGGGCUUGACAUUCUUGCAGAAAGAAUUCAGGAUGAUGAUGAGAAUAUUACUCGUUUCUUGGUCCUUGCAAGGGAGCCUAUAAUUCCAGGAACUGACAGGCCCCAUAAGACUAGCAUUGUUUUCAGUCUAGAAGAAGGUCCAGGUGUACUAUUCAAAGCCUUGGCAGUUUUUGCUAUGAGGGAUAUUAAUUUGUCAAAGAUAGAGAGUCGUCCUUUGAAGCAGCGCUCAUUGAGGGUUGUGGAUCAUUUAAAUGAAGGGAGUGCCACGUACUUUGACUACCUCUUCUAUAUUGAUAUUGAAGCUUCUAUGGCAGAACCUCGUGCACAAUAUGCUUUAGGACAGUUGCAGGAAUUUGCUAGAUUUCUUCGUGUUCUUGGUUGUUAUCCUAUGGAUACAGUAUUAUAGAAGUUCAGUGUCUUAACUAGGAGCAACAGUCAUGCUGUUCAUUUUGCUGAUAACAUAAGUAGCUACUACCCCAGAGGUUCAUCUUCAAUCAGAGAGGUGGGCAAGAAGUAUCCUUUAAAAGCAUUGCCCCUGUCACCUCUUUCAAAAAUCUUUUCAUCUCCUAAGGAGGUGCUUUGAAGUAUAUCAUCAUAGUUUUGACAGUGGAGUGAAUGCUGCUACAGGAAUCUUCAUUGUGUUUUAUUCCUUCAUUUAGAUUUUAGAACUCUUCAUAUUAAAGAGAAUUCCAAUGCAAACUUAGUGACCAAAGUAUGUACAUAUGGCUCUAUUGAGCUAUGGCAAAUAAAUGAAGGACCAAGCCACCCAAAAUUUUCUUCUACCAUUAACUGCUUUACCAAUCCACAUUCCACAAUAAUAUGACUCCAGUACAUUUUUUUUAU